CAGUAACUAACUAAGAUGUGUAAUAGAAAAAGUAUGAGUUUUACCAGAACAUGAUUAAGUGACAUAUGUAAUUAGCUAUAAUGCUAAUCAAAUACAUAAUUAUAUUGUAUAUAAUAACGCCAGACUAUAAUUAUAGUCUGUCUAUAAGAAAGGAUAUCGAAUUUGCUAAACAGUUUUUGAAAUAUCACGGGAUAUCAGAUGAGAAUGUAUGCGUAAAAAAGUACAUAGAAGAAGUAUGCUCAAAUGAUCAAAAAGAAGUAUGCAGCGCUCGGCUCUUAGGAAAGAAAGUGGAGUUUAAACAAUUCGACAACCCGUGUUACAUGGAUUUUAAUAACUUUUGCGAUUCUCAAGACAACAUAUGGGCUAUCAAAAAUCCUGGUCCCUGUAUAAUGAACGAUGAAAUGAGACGAUUCGCGAAAGAAAUUGAAAAAAUAGUGGUACCUUCCCCCGAAAUAGCAAAUGACGAUGACCUAAUAGACGACACAACUGGAACAAAUGAAGUGACAGAUGAAACGACAUAUGAAACAACAACCGAUGCAACUGAAUCAGUCACAGAGUCGACUGAUGAAACUGAAUUCAUCACAGAGUCGACUGAUGAAACUGAAUUAAUCACAGAGUCGACUGAUGAAACUGAAUUUAUCACAGAAUCGACUUAUGAAACUGAAACUAUAGAUGAAACUGAGACCACAACUGAAACCACAUAUGAAACUACAACUGAUGAAACUGUCACAGUAGCAUCUACAAUUAAAAUGAAUGGUGAUGACAAUUUAAGGAUGGGAGAUGAAAUUGGUAAAAUAGUUUAUGAUGAUGGCUCCAAGUUAGCUCUUAGGCAGGAAAACUCGACCCGUUUUCCCCCAAUGAAAGGAAUAAAAACAUAUAAAGGUGAACCGUGCGAAAAAUAUGUAAAACCGUGCCCGAUUCUCUAUUUCCCUGUAUGCAUAUACUACGAGAGGGAGAACCCGGAUAAUGUCACGUAUUUCUACUUUAUUAACAGCUGUGAAGCGAGGCAGUGGACUUGCUAUCAUCCUGAGCAUCCAAUACAUGGCUCGAGCAGUUUAAGAGCUGGAUACUGCGCUCACAUACAGUACAUAAACUACGCCCGCUUCGUCCAUGUGAUAUCGGCGUAUGGCCACUACGGCUGGCUACAGGGGCCAUGGCGCUUCAACCACAUUCUGAAGCCCCACGAGCGCGUUAACUAA